CAUCCAUAUGCAUUCACUCAACCACACAGAUGCUUGAGCCCACUGUCGUCAUGCAGCCACGCUUCAUGCACCAUACGCAUCAUGAACGAGGAGGGCAGCUCACCACACACCCCACACACGCACACCCACCUCCUCUCACUCACCGAAUGUUGGGCAGGUUUGUUGCCGCUCGGAAAGCGGGUUGGUCCAAGGACCUGGUUGAUGCUGCACAGGUGGUCGAAGGACCUCAGGGGUUCCCCCAGCACGACCUUCAUCGAGGCACCUGACGACACGACACACACGACAACACACGGAGAAAUCCACGCAUGGACGAUGAUGGGAUGCGUGCAUCGGUGUGCGUCUCAUCACUCUGUGACGCUUACUUGUGCUGAGAGGAAAUUCGAAGCCGAAGGGGCCAGCCGACAGGCACGUGCCCCCCCCUCCGGCACUGUCUCCAUCGAGCCCCUGCACGCACGCACCCACACACACCAAAGAGGGAUACACACAAGGACGGCCGACAGUGAGCACGGUGUGUGUCCAUCCUUACAUGUGCGGGAAGGGAUCCUUUUAUCUUUUUCGAAUCGCUAAUCUAUGUGCCUGUCUGUCUGUCUGUCCUGCCUACAGGAAGGAAGAAUAGAUGUGGCGCCAGUUCGUCUGGGCGCCUCAUGACGCCUAGCGUGCGCCUCGCUAGGCAUUAUGAAGGCGCCCAGCAUUACUGACUUUUGUUGUUGUAGAGAGAUAAGGAUCGCCUGUCUGAUAUGGGCCUACCUAGCUACCACUGCAUUCAUGUGCACAUGUAACCGGGUGGGAUGGCACUUCCGUAAUGCCUUCCGCUUGUGCGUUCAGCAUGCUUCAGUGCCACUCCCCAGAGAGCGCGACGGCGUCAUCUCUGUCCCCCCUGCGCAACCCCCAACGGGGCACUUGCACAGAGGAGAACCCACACUCAUAGGCAGCCCUCCCUGUCUCCAUCGAGACCUGGGAGGGACACCUUAUUUAAGUCUAUAAAACCGGCGAAGGCCGGGGCUGGGCGGAUGC